UGCCCUCAGAACCAGAUGGAAGCCGUGGGUCUGGUGCCAUUGUGUCCAGGGCUCCAGCCGCCCCUAGGGCCCUGCGUGAGGUGCACAAGAGUGCUGUGCCGGGUGCCCAUCCCCUUCCUGUCCCCAGCUGCCAGGGACAUCCUGAUCACCAGUGUGGACACUGUGAUGACCUUCCACGCGCUCUGCGGAGAAGUGCGUGACAUGUGCAGGCUGGAUCCACAGCACCCGCUCACCCUCAAGUGGGUGGACAGCGAAGGUGACCCCUGCACCGUGUCCUCCCAGAUGGAGCUGGAGGAGGCCUUCCGCCUGGCCUGUCAGCACCGUGACGAGGGACUCAUCCUCCACGUCUUCCCAAGCAUCCCGGAGCGGCCUGGCCUGCCCUGUCCCGGAGAAGACAAAUCCAUCUACCGCCGUGGAGCCAGAAGAUGGAGGAAGCUCUACCGUGCCAACGGCCAUCUCUUCCAAGCCAAGCGCUUUAACAGGCGGGCGUACUGCGGCCAGUGCAGCGAAAGGAUAUGGGGCCUCUCACGGCAAGGCUACAGAUGCAUCAACUGCAAGCUGCUGGUCCAUAAACGCUGCCACGUGCUCGUCCCGCUGACCUGCAGAAGGCAUAUGGAUUCUGUCAUGCCUUCCCAAGAGCCUCCCGCAGACGAGAAGAGUGACGGCGUGGACCUGCCCUCCGAGGACACCGAUGGAAUUGCUUAUAUCUCUUCAACCCGCAAGCACGACAACAUUAAAGAUGAUUCUGAGGACCUUAAGCCAGUUAUCGACGGGGUCGACGGGAUCAAAAUCUCUCAGGGGCUCGGGCUGCAGGACUUCGACCUCAUCAGAGUCAUCGGGCGUGGGAGCUACGCCAAGGUCCUGCUGGUGCGGCUGAAGAAGAACGACCAGAUCUACGCCAUGAAGGUGGUGAAGAAGGAGCUGGUGCAUGAUGAUGAGGACAUCGACUGGGUGCAGACAGAGAAGCACGUGUUCGAGCAGGCGUCCAGCAACCCCUUCCUGGUCGGCUUGCAUUCCUGCUUCCAGACGACGAGCCGGCUGUUCCUGGUCAUCGAGUACGUCAACGGCGGGGACCUCAUGUUCCACAUGCAGAGGCAGAGGAAACUUCCAGAGGAGCAUGCCAGGUUCUACGCUGCUGAGAUCUGCAUUGCCCUCAACUUCCUGCAUGAGAGAGGCAUCAUCUACCGGGACCUGAAGCUGGACAAUGUGCUGCUGGACGCCGAUGGGCACAUCAAGCUGACGGACUACGGCAUGUGCAAGGAGGGCCUGGGCCCUGGCGACACGACGAGCACUUUCUGUGGAACUCCGAAUUACAUCGCCCCGGAAAUCCUGCGGGGAGAGGAGUACGGGUUCAGCGUGGACUGGUGGGCAUUGGGCGUCCUCAUGUUCGAGAUGAUGGCUGGGCGCUCCCCCUUCGACAUCAUCACCGACAACCCUGACAUGAACACGGAGGACUACUUGUUCCAAGUGAUCCUGGAGAAGCCCAUCCGCAUCCCCCGCUUCCUGUCCGUCAAAGCCUCCCACGUCUUGAAAGGAUUUCUGAACAAGGACCCCAAAGAGAGGCUCGGCUGCCGGCCCCAGACUGGAUUUUCCGACAUCAAGUCCCACGCCUUCUUCCGCAGCAUAGACUGGGACCUGCUGGAGAAGAAGCAAGCCCUGCCGCCCUUCCAGCCGCAGAUCUCCGACGACUACGGCCUGGAGAACUUCGACACGCAGUUCACCAGCGAGCCCGUGCAGCUGACCCCGGAUGACGAGGACGUCAUAAAGAGGAUCGACCAGUCAGAGUUUGAAGGCUUCGAGUACAUCAACCCACUUUUGCUGUCCACUGAGGAGUCCGUGUGAGGUCGUGUGCGUCUGUCGUGGACACACCCAUGAAUGGCCCUGUAACUUUAUCCUUAACCACAGCAUAUGCAUGCCAGGCCGGGCACGAGGCUCCGAGCAGCCAGGGAGGGACAGAGCGGCCUCUCACGCCUGUGCCCACAGAGCCCGGCUCUGCUGGAGUGGCUUCUUGUGCCCGCCCCGCCGGGGCCGUCCGUGGUGGCCCUGCCCCUGGGGGAGACUGUCGCGCCAUCUCCGAGGUGCGCGUUCCGGCAGAAGCAGAACUUGGUGCGCUGACCGCUCCUCCAGGGAAGCGAGCGUGUAAUGUCCUGAGGAAUAAAAUGUACCGAUGGUGUCGCAGCUUCCCUCUGAUGCCUUUUUUCUGAGUGGCACCUGCCCGAGUCCCAGUGCAGCAGCCAUACAGAGGAGCUGUGCUCGCGCAGGCAGGAUGGAGGCGGAGGGGGACGGGAGUCUAAGUGCCUACAAGUGGGGCUGUGCCGCAGAGGGGUUCUACCAACCGGAACAUUUUCUAAUCCCGGUAAGUUCCCGUCGAUCAUGCUUAGCACGCGUUUCCACACAGAGCUCUCGCGCUGCCGCAGCCGGGCCGGGCCGGCCCAACACAGGGCACUCCGAGGACUGUGGAUCCUGAACAUGUCACCAAAGCAUCGUAGACCAAAAAACAAAAAAGCAACAAAGAGGAAAAAUAAAAUCAAGAACUAAUUGUGCACAAGUGUAUUUCUGAGAACACGAACCAGUGCCUCCAGGAUGUCUUGUGUUCUGUAUUAGAUUUUUGGAAAAUAUUUUUAUCAGUAAUACAAUUCUCAGAAUUAGAAAAUUUAAAAAGAUAUGUGUGUGACAGACCCUAGCCUUAAAGUUGGCGCUACGCCCAGAACACCCAUAGCCAUGUGCCCCGGGGAGCUACAGCACCCUCUGUCCCAGAAGGGUGGCUCUCCCAAUGGGCCUGCACUCGGCUGGAGCCCUGCAGAGGGGUCAGCUUAGGACAGGAGGCCGCGCGCAGCCCUCGACGAGACUCAGGUUUGUCGGGCCCCCGUGCGGCCGGCGCUACACGGGUGCUGGGUUGAGGCGGCUGCUGCUGGACUCCCUGGGCUGCCGGGGUGCUGACACAGGUUUCAGGGCGCCCCACCCUGGCUCGGGUGUCCUGCUACCUUCUGAUCGCAGACACAUCUCAACCAGCACCCCACGGCAGCCUGUAAGACGGGCUGAAAAGGCUGAGGUCAGGGGACCGCAGAGACCCCCGGGAUUGGCCCACGCCAUCUGGUCUGCUGCUGCGGCCCUGGGCUCCUCAGUCAGAGGCGUUUAAAUACUGCUGUGUUGGCAAACAGCUUGUGGCUGCCAGCGGGGCUGCCCCUGUACAAUGUGUGAAGAUCAUCGUGCCCAUCAGAAGGGGAGAUUUUUAUAUACAGUAAAUUGUUUUAUAAAUUAAAAGGGAAGAUGUAUUGAAGUGUGCGUGGGAAAAGCCCUAACCUUUGCGAUGGCUCUGGCAUGACCGUGUGCCCGUGGACGUGCUUUGUGACACUGGUGACCCCGAUUGUAAAGCGGUGCCCACGGCCGUCUCUGGCCGUGAGCGGAGCCCGUGGCCAGCCGGUUUUCCCACUGUGGACGAUGUUCUCACCCUCCACUGAGGUCGCUCCUACUCUUGCACAUCUAUUAAAGACUUUAACGAAAA